GCACUAAACUGGCAGAGAUGUAGUUUCUGAUGCUGAAAUAUUUCAAUAUGACUUUACUGGCUGCGUAACUCCAUGAGAAAUGAAAACCAAAGCCAAGCCAGAGGGGAGGGAAUAAAAGCAAUAGGAAGUGGUAAAACAAAUAAAGAUUUGAACUGGCUGCCUGAUUGUUUUUCAUUUUCACUUUUAUUCCCCUUGCUGCCCUUUCAAAUAUCUCCGUGGGGUUUGAUACGCCUGUGGUGGCUGGGAAUGCAGGGAGAUGGCAAAGGGCUGCCUGUGGGAUGGCCACUGACAAUCCCCACAGCUUGGUGGGCCAAAGCAGGGCUGUGGAACAGGUAAAAAAACCACAAAGCUGGAUCCAGAUGUGCCCCCAUGGUGCCUGCUGGAUUCUGGAGUUCCAGCCCAGCUGUGCUUCCCGAUUUGUGACUUUUCCCCCUUCUCCUUCACAAAGCAAACCCAGCUCCCGCUCUGGGCACAUUCCCACUUCCAGGGAGAGAAAAGAACCACCCUGGGCACCAGCUCUCUGCUCCUUCAGCUGCCCCAGAGCCAGGCAGGUGUCCCCAGCCCCGUUUUUGACACACAGCUCGUGCCAGCGGGUGGGCAGAGCACAUCCACGUGCCAAGGUCACCUCUGCCCACAUCUGUAUUUCUCCAGCUGCAGGGAAUUCCAGGUGAACACCGCACACGUCUCAGCGCUGGGGGAUGUGUGAUAAGGUUAUCACUGCGGGGCACAAGGGGAGAGCCCAGCCCUGCCCAGGGCCAGCUGCACCAACUCAGCGCGUUUCCAGCUCCUGGAAAAUGAGCCUCCCCUUCACUCGGGGUUUCGGGAUCGGUGGGUUUGGGCUGGCGCUGCCUGUCCUGGAGGUUUUGGCGGGGUCAUUCGGGGCCGUUCCUGCCCGGAGAGCUGCUGGUGCUGGCAGCGGGAAGGGGCAGGAUGGCCUCAAAGAGAAGGGGAAGCGCGGGUGGCAGCGGCGACUCACGGCGAUUCCUCGGGGCUGUGGGGUGAAUUCCAGCGCAAGGAGCCGCAGCCACACCCGGGGCACUUCAGGAACCACUUCCCAGAGCGCCAGUGAACAUUCCAGGGGGAGGGAAACAGCGCUUAACCCUUUAAUACAGGGAUUCUCCAUCCCUGAAAAAUAUUCCAGAUCAGUUUGGGCUCAGGCUCUGAGCAGCCUGAUGGAUGGAACACGCCCCUGCUCCUCGCAGGGUGUUGGAUUUAAUGACCUUUAAAGCCACACCACGAUCCCAUGGUUUUAUUCCCAUGCAAUGCUUAGCAGAAAUUCCCACUGCCAAACGCUAUCAUUGACCCCAACCCGGUACCGCUGACAGCUUCUGCAAGGGCGUUAAAAGAGGAUGGAGGGCAGCUGGUGAGUCCUGUGGAAAACCAGGAACCUUUGGAGUCUCUUUUCCACCCUGACAGCCAAAAAUGUACCUGGAGGGGGAGGACGGCCCUGUGCCCUCUCUGUUUGCAGCACCCAGUGGAUUUUAGGGGCAGGAAUGGAGGUGCUUAAGGAAUGACGGGACGUGGCACGCAGUGCCAUGCUCUAGUUGCCGUGGCUGGACUCCAUGAGCCCGGAGGUCUUUUCCAGCCUGGCUGAUCCUCUAAUUAAACGGGGAGCAGCCGGCACACGGAGAGCUGGGCUGGGCAACCCCCCCACGGCGCCCACAAACCAAACCGCGAGACGUGGGAGCGCUCUGCGCUGUUCCCUCGCUCGCUCCAUGGCCGGGGAACGCGGGGAAGGCCGGGGGGGUUCCCAAAUUCCUCCUCCGGGAUCGCGGGGAGCGCCCGGCGCCGCUCGGCACCGUGAGGCGGCCGUGAGGGCGUGGGCGUGGCCAGGACGCGAACGGACGUUAGGGGCGUGGUCUAUACGGAAAAGGGGCGUGGCCUGAGGAAGGGGGCGGUCCCGCGGCCCCGCCAGCAGGUGUCGCCCUCCCGGCGGACACACACAAGAUGGCGGCGGCGGCGGGCGGCGGCGCUGGGGGGACUCUCUGACGGCGCCGCCAUGUUGGUGAGGGCAAUAACGGCGCCCGCGCUGCGCCGGUGGUGCCGGGGCCGGCGGGGCGCGGCCGCCGCCUGUUUCCCGCUGGGCCGGGCGCUGCUGGGCGUGCGGGGCGCCGAGGCCGCCGUGUUCCUGCAGGGGCUGCUCACCAAUGACGUCACGCAGCUGGUGGCGGAGGGCGACGCCCCCGCCGCGCUCUACGCGCACGCGCUGAACGCGCAGGGCCGCUGCCUGUAUGACGUCAUCCUGUACAGGCUCCACAGGAGCACAGCAGAGGAGCCUCACAUCCUGCUGGAGUGCGACAGCAGCGUUCUGGACUCCAUCCAGAAGCACCUGAAACUCUACAAGAUCCGCAGGAAAGUCACCAUCACCCCCUGCCCCGACCUCUCCCUGUGGGCUGUCAUCCCUGGGGAUGCCAGUUCCCUCCCAAAAUGUGCAGACCAGGCUCUGCUCCUGACCCCUGACCCCAGGGCAGAAGUCAUGGGCUGGAGACUGAUUGCAAAGAAAGGAGCAAACCUCUCAGAGAUUAUCCCUGGGAGCCAAGUUGGAGAUGUUCAGGAUUACCACAGGCACAGGUAUAAACAAGGGAUUCCCGAAGGGGUGAAAGAUCUCCCCCCUGGAGUCGCCCUCCCUCUGGAAUCCAACCUGGCCUUCAUGAACGGCAUCAGCUUCACCAAGGGCUGCUACAUCGGGCAGGAGCUGACGGCCAGGACCCACCACAUGGGCGUGAUCCGCAAGCGCCUGCUGCCCGUCAGCUUCCCGGAGCCCCUUCCCGGCGCCGGCGUUCCCGAGGGCGCGCAGAUCCUCACGCGGGCGGGGAAACGCGCCGGCACCUUCCGUGCUGGAGGAGGAGAGCUGGGCAUAGCCCUGCUGAGGCUGGCUCACCUCAGCGAGCCGCUCUGCAUCCACCUGGCAGGGGACAGAGUGAAGCUCAGCGCCAGCACGCCCGAGUGGUGGCCCAAAGCUGCUGCUAAAUAAGCGAGGGAGGGGGUGGGAAUGCUGCUGUUGGCUGGGGGGAGGUUUGGUCUUGCAGGAUUCCUCAGAUUGGGAUAAACAGCCAGAACCCAAAGCUGGGGCAGAUCACUGGGUUGGAUCUGCCGUGGAGAGAGAAAUCCAGGGAAUUGCAGCUUUUCCUGAGGGUAAUCCCCACUUUUUUAAGGGUGCUGUGAGUUGUUGGGUUGGACCCUGUUUAGGGGGUGCCCUGUGUUGUUGGGUUGGACUCUGGAUGGAUCUCCAGGCUGACACUCACUCCCUCAGACUGUGCUCUCCCAAGCAAUGGGAUCAGGAGUUUCCCUGUUCCAUGCACUGAUUUUUUUUCAGUUCAGAAUAACCAUUCUGUGCUAUUAUAAUUCUGUUGUUUUUUUUUUUUUUGAGUGGAGAUCGUGCUGCUCUUAUCAAGAUGUAUUCUCAGGCUGAAGUUUUUUGCUGCAAAUUGUUCCUUGCAUUGAGCUUCUUAAACUUGCUGAUGGGGCUGGCGUUCCUUGCCACCACUGGAAUUGUGUUCAGGAAGAGGAACACCUUGUGCUUCACGUGUCAGGCCUUGAUUUUAACUCAUCCCAGCUGGGAAAGAAAGGUCUCAAACCUCCUGUCCUGUCUCCUGCUUUGGUGCCAGUGGAGGGAGCAGAGCCAGUUCCUCUGACUCCCUUCCCUCCAACCAUUUUUUUUUUUUUGGGAGAGGAAAAGGAUAUUUUCAAUGCCACAUGUGCUGGCUUGGCCUGGCCUUGCUGGGGGAGGAUUUUCACCAUGUUCUGGCUCUACACCUCCACGCUCUCCGUGCCCCUCACACCCUGUCCCUGCUGCCACCUGCAGCUGGGGUUUUCUCCAUCCACCACCCCCAGGGUUUUCAGAGCAGCCCAAUGCCUUGGCAUUUCUUUGCUUCAUUUUUUUUUUCUGGCUGCCAACACUCCUCUGCUUCCCCAAUUUUUCUUCCUGCUGCAACAUAUUCCUCUCUUAUUCCAAAGCCAGCCAGCUCCGUGCCUCCUGACCCUGUCAACCUGCAGUGAUUUAUAGGAACCCUUUUUAUUUUUGUAUUGUGAUCAAUCCAUUACACAAUGAGAGAGCUGCCCAGGUGAGAUCCCAUUUUGUCCAAAACAAAAAACAAACAAAAAAAAGCCUUUGCAUGAAUAUUUGUAACAAAACCCGUCCAAAAUCACAUUCUGCCUUUGUUUCAGUGUUACAGUGAAAGGAAUUUGUCUGUAAAAAAAAUGUUUUUAUUGAUUAAAACUCUAUGGUUGCUGUAAAAUGA